CAGCCAAGAGUAGAAAUCCCUGACAGUUGUCCCAUGCACGGAGCCACUGUCAGAGAAGCAGGCUGGCAAAGGUUUAAAUGAGGAAAGAGAAGUACAGGGAGGUGAAAAGUCCAACCAAACCAUGCAGGAGAGGGCAGAGCCCUGCUUCCUAAAGGCUGUGACCACCAGGCGAGGAGUCUUUACCCCUCCUGAUCCACCUUCACUUUUCUCAGCCCUGCUGCGUGGCCCACAGGCCACCUGUGUGGACACCAGCAAGGGCUUCCAGGAUUGAAGGAAGGGAAAAGUCAGGGACGUUUCUCCUCAGCAACUUCCCUGUGGGGUCACUGUGACCUCCACCUAGGGUCACUGCCUCUCUCAAGGUGGUCCUCCCUACACCACUCUUCCCAGGCUUCCAGGAGUCUGUGGCUACCAUUGGGGUUUCCUACACUCUGCUCGCUACACUCUGCUUUGUAAAUUAUGCCCUUAUUAAACCCUCCUCAGACUGCCCUACUGGAGUAUGUCUUAUUUCUUAAUGGGCCCCAGACUCACAACCACCCACCCUGGAUUUCUUGGGAUUCCUGGGUUGCAAUAAUCUGCAGUCCUGGCUCCAGAUGUGGAAGCAUGGGCAGACUGAUGUAUCUCCACAGCCCCUUCCUCCCUCAGGUCCCAGCCAAAUGGAAGGCCACUCACUGCAGGCCUUCGGUCGGCUCCCGCCCACCGGCUAGGCUUCCAAGGUUCUGAGUCCAAGUGACUCAGGCCAGAGCCUCAUUCCCCCAGGGCACCCCUCCUUUAUGACUUCACCCACUGAAGUCACCUGGGAGACAAUGCCCAAUGUUCCACCCCAGAGUAUGGGCCUCUAGGAGGCAGGGACAGCAGGCCUGGCCAGCCCAGAGGACUCUCUGUCCACAGUGUAAAUGAGGACGCCACUCGCCCAUGUCUCGCAGGGAUGUAGAGGGCAGCCUCAGAGGCACUGGGUGCUCCUGGCACCAUGGAUGAUGCUGCCAUCCUCAAGCGACGAGGCUACAUCGUGGGGAUAAAUUUGGGAGAGGGCUCAUACGCAAAAGUCAAAUCUGCUUACUCUGAACGACUGAAGUUCAACGUGGCGGUCAAGAUUAUUGACCGCAAGAAAGCCCCCACGGACUUUUUGGAGAAAUUCCUUCCCCGGGAAAUUGAGAUUCUGGCCAUGCUAAACCACCGCUCCAUUGUCAAGACCUACGAGAUCUUUGAGACCUCAGACGGCAAGGUCUACAUUAUCAUGGAGCUCGGCGUCCAAGGUGACCUUCUCGAGUUCAUCAAAACCCGGGGAGCCCUGCAUGAAGAUGACGCUCGCAAGAAGUUCCACCAGCUCUCCUCGGCCAUCAAGUACUGCCAUGACCUGGACGUUGUCCAUCGAGACCUCAAGUGCGAGAACCUUCUCCUCGACAAGGAUUUCAACAUCAAGCUGUCCGACUUCGGAUUCUCCAAGCGCUGCCUACGGGACGACAGCGGCCAACUAACACUGAGCAAGACCUUCUGUGGGUCGGCGGCGUACGCAGCCCCCGAAGUGCUGCAGGGCAUACCCUACCAGCCCAAGGUCUAUGACAUCUGGAGCCUGGGCGUGAUCCUUUACAUCAUGGUCUGCGGCUCCAUGCCCUACGAUGACUCCAACAUCAAGAAGAUGCUGCGCAUCCAGAAGGAGCACCGUGUCAACUUCCCACGCUCCAAGCACCUGACGGGCGAGUGCAAGGACCUCAUCUACCGAAUGCUACAGCCGGACGUCAACCGGCGGUUACACAUUGAUGAGAUCCUCAGCCACUGCUGGGUGCAGCCUAAGGCCCGGGUCCUGUCCUCUACAGCCAUCAAGGAGGGGGAGAACUCCCAGGGCACUGAGCCCUCGGAUAUCCCUGAGCCUGGCUCUGACAAGAAGUCUGCCACCAAGCUGGAGCCUCAAGAGGAGGCACAGCCAGAGGCAAGGUCUGAGUCACAACCCGAGGAGGAGACGCUGCAACUGCAGGUGUCCAAGCAGUUGGAGACCACAGGCGAGCAGCUGAGCAGGGAGACAGUGGAAGAGCCCCCCGCACAGCCUCCAGAGACGCAAACCUAGUAGGCCUCUCCCACGGCCCAUGGGCCCAGCAGGGAAUGAGGCAGAGCUCACAGCUUUGAGCCUGAGCUCCAAAAAAGCCAAGGGACAGGUCAGAUAAGGAAAACAGACCCCGAUGAG